AUGAAAUUUAAUGCAUUUAUCUUGAUAAUUUGUACAGCUCCUCUUAUAAACUCAUCAUCUUUGGAUAUAAGAAACAGUUGCAAUUGUUCUCAAUUAAUCUAUUUUAAUGAUUGUAUAGCUGGUUGUUCAGAUUGCUCUUGGAAUUCCUACACUAAUUAAUGUAUUGAGAUAGCAUGUUCUGAUUUAGAAUUAUCAAAUCAUUGUCUAUUAUCAUCUUAAAGAUGCUAUUGGUUUAAUAAGAGGUGUAAAAAUUUCACAUCUUGUGAAGCUAUUCCAGGAAAAGAUCAAUCUGAAUGUAUUUCAGCUAAUCUCUAUUGUCCUGCUUCGAAUGGUAUUAAUUGUUUAUCAAUGGAAUACUAAGAGAAAUGUUCAGAUAUUAGAGAUCCAGAUAUUUGUAAUAACUAUUAUUCUUCAAAUGGUAAAUGUAUGUGGAAUGGUCAGAAUUGUAUCAUACUUAAAUCAUGUACUGAUUUAUGGACCAACUCAACUAAAUCCUGUUUGUAAAAUGGUUGUUAUUUCGAUUCCUUAUCCUAUUCAUGUAGAGAUAUGACAUGUUCUAGACAUGAAUUACAGUCUUCAUGUGAAUUGGGAGCACCAACAAUUGGUCCAUAUUUAAAUAAUAUUAUUCCAUGUAAAUGGGAUACUAAUAAUGGAAUGUGUAAAGAUGCCAAACCUGAAGACUAUAACGUUGAUUAAUGUUAUAGUUAUAGUGCUAGGACUUAUCAUUGGAGUAAUAGUAAGUCUAGUAAAGGAAAAUGUGUGCCUUGUAAAAGUUCCAUAUUUUCAUUUAUACUUGUAUCAGUGUUGACAAUUAUUAUUUGA